GCGGACUCUAACGUUUGUGUCACUCUGGAACCGCCGGCUCCACACGAGUUGCUUCAUACCGGCCGAGAAAACAUCUAGAAUACAUCUUGGUUGCGAUGGCGUCGACCAAUGACAGCGGAGAGCACCAGGACCAGACGGUUCCUGGGGGGGAGAAGGAGGAGGAGGAGGAGGAGAGGAGGAGCGCCAGAGGGAUCCAGUCCCGUUACCUGCGCUGUCCGUCACCCAGUUUCUCCAUGGCUUCAGAGUCCAGGUUCUCCACGAUCUCCGGCUCCGACGCCGCCAGCAUCUUCAUGGAGCCCAUCCACCUCUCCUCGGCCAUGGCUGCCAAGCAGAUCAUCAGCGAGGAGCUGCCGCCCCGCAGGGUGCAGGCCGAGUCCGUCUCCGAGUCCAUGCUGGAGUCGGCCGACCAGCUGAUGGUGGAGGACCUGUACAACCGCGUCAGGGACAUGAUCGACGACCGCAGCCCCUACAACACGCCGUGUGUGCUGGACAUCCAGAGGUCGCUGCUGCAGGACCGCGUGGAGGCCCCCCUCAACCCCGUGGACGAGGUGUGGCCCAACGUCUUCAUCGGCGAGAAGUCCGUGGCGGUGAACAAGGCUCGCCUGAAGCGAAUGGGCGUCACCCACAUCCUCAACGCGGCCCACGGCACGGGGGUCUACACGGGCGAGUCCUUCUACGCCGGCAUGAGCCUCCGCUACAUGGGCAUCAAGGUGGACGACUUCCCCGACUCCGACAUCGCGCCGCACUUCCGGCCCACCGCCGAGUUCUUGGACGACGCUCUGCUGACGCACAAAGGAAAGGUGCUGGUCGUGUCCAUGAUGGGCGUCAGCCGCUCCGCCGUCCUGGUGGCGUCCUACCUGAUGAUCUUCCAGCACAUGUCCAUCAUGGAGGCGCUGACCUCAAUGAGGAAAAAGCGCGCCAUCCACCCCAACGAGGGCUUCCUGAAGCAGCUGCGUAACCUCAACGAGAACCUGAUGGAGGAGCGCGACGACGACGACGAGACUCUCAGCCAGUGCUCCGUCAUCGACGCACGCGGCCGCGCGCGCAUCUUCGGCGAAGACGAGGACGACGAAGACACGGACAGAGAGGAAGAGCAGAGCAUGGUCGGCGUGAAGGCGCACUCCAUCGUGAUGGAGGAGGAGGAGGACGGAGCCAGCGUGAUGAGCAGCGUCGCCUCCUCCGCGGCGGCGGCCGCGCUCCGCGGCGGAUCGACCGCCGCGCCCAACGGGCCGGCCGACCAGGGGGCGAUCGAGGAGGAGAUCGUCCUGCCGGAGACGGAGGGCGAAGAGGACGAGGACGGCCUCGACUGCAUGAUCCGCGAGUGGCAGAGGAGGAACGAGAAGUACAAGGACGACGACUGGUGGGAGGCCCAGCUGAACAGCGACGGGGAGGACGGGGAGGACGCGGAGUCCCUCGGCGAGGGCCGGCCGGCGAAGACGUCCCCCGCGGACGUGGAGAGCGUCACCAGCGAGGACGUGCGCGCCGUGAAGGAGCGGUUGAGGCGCCGCGGCAGGCGCCCGGCCUCGGACGCGAGGUCCACCUCCAGCUGCACGAGUUACUCCGAUCUGUGGAGACAGCGGCUGAGGGAAAUCGAGGAACAGGCCGCUGCUCGCUACCGCAGGAAAGAGGACGAGGACGGCAGCGAGAGCGCCUCCACCGAAGGUGGAGGAGGAGGGAGGAAGAUCGACGAGGAGGUGGAGAGCCUCAUCUCCGACACCAGCUCCAUGUACAACUUCUGCCAAAGGAACAAGGAGAAGAUGACGCCUUUGGAGCGCUGGCGCGUCAAGAGGAUCCAGUUCGGCUGGAACAAGAAGGACCGAGAGGACGGAGAGAAGGGCGACGGGGAGCGGGGGGGCGGCGAGGGAGACGCCGCGGCGCCGUCCCACCAGGACGUCAACCUGACGGCCUAUCAGACGUGGAAGCUGAGGCAGCAGAGGCGCCUCGGGGAGGAGAACACGGAGGAGAUCGUGGAGAUGAGUCGGGGCGAGGACUCCGCGACCGUCAAGCGGAGGCAGAGACGCGAGGAGAUCCUGGAGCGCUCCAAGAAGACUCUGGAGGAGAGCCAGUCCAUGUCCGGCUGGGACGACGGGAGCAGCGUCAGCGGCGGCACCAUCCCGCUCUCCGCCUUCUGGGCCGGAGCCGGGGUCGCGGGCCCGCCGAGCGUCGCCAACGACGACAACGUGUCCGUGCUCAGCGGCCGCUCGUCCGCCAUCUCCUCCGUGUCACAGCCGCGCAGCGCCAGGUCGGCGAACGCCGUCGCGCCGGUCCCUCCCAUCCUCCCGGCUGCCGCGGCGCCGGGCCCCGCAGGAGAACCCAUGGUCAAUCUGGCCAGCAUCCAGAACUGGAUCGCCAACGUCGUGUCUGAAACCAUCCGGCAGAAGCAGAGCGAGAUGAGCCUGCCGCCUCCGUCGCGCGCCGGGUCGGAGCUCAGCUUCGGCGCCCUGAUUUCGGGGCGCGGCGUGGACGACGACAAAGCCUCCCUGCUGAGCGGCGCCUCCUAUUCCAGCGCGCUGUCGCCGGGGAGGCGCGGGGCGGCCUCCGUCCUCUCCGGCGGCGGGUCGAGCGCCUUCUCUGCUCUCACGGGGAGAAGCUCCGCUCCGGGAUCCAGGAGGAACAAGAUCACCACCACCAGCGUCCCUCUGUACAGCCUCUUCCAAGACCAGGUGGACAUGGGCAAACUGGACGCCAUGGACAAGGAGAUCAAGUCUGAGAUGAGGGGCAAGAUGGCCGCCUACGAGAAGAAGAAGAUCCUGGAGGACAACAAGCGCAGCACGCUGUACAAGAAGAAGAAACCCAAGGAGGAGGUCGGCGAGGAGGAGGAGGAGGAGGAGAGAAAGAAGAAAGAGGAGGAGUUUCUGGAGGAAGCAAAGAGAAAGGAGAAACCCGCGAGGAGCUUCGGCCUCUCUGGGCGCCUGAACCUCAACCCGUCUCUGGAGCGAGAUACCAACACCAGCGUCGACGAGUGGCUGUCGAGCGUGCGGCCUCCUCCGAGGAAAGCGGCGCCCGGAGGCGAGGCCGACGCCGCCGUGGAUCCUUAUGACGACCUCGACGCCUCUGCCUCCGAAUUCGACUUCUCCAGCCGCCGGGCGUCCUACGCCCCCGAGGAGGAGGAGGAGGAGGGCGCGUCCUCCUCGUACAGAUCACAGCUCCGUGAGCUUCCGCCGGGCGGAGGCCUCGGGUACACGCCGGACGGGAGGGGGAGCAGGAGGCAGGAAGCCGGCCACGAGGCGGAGGAGGAGGAGGAUGACAUCGCCACCUUCAUCGCCCAAACCAGGCAGAGGAUCCGAGCUCGGGCCGCCGCCGAGGCCGAGGGCGACGAGGUGCUGGAGGCGUGGAGGGCGCAGCAGGAGGCGAGGUCACAGAGCAGGAAGGAGUCCUAGAGGUUCACAGACUUUGAACCUGAGGAACGACACCUUGAAAAAAAGGGAAAAUCGAUUGGAAACACUUUUAACUUUAAACAGGAAAAUAUGCACUUUUGCAUCAAAACGUAGAGUCACACGUGGUUUAUUUUAUUGUUUGCACUACCGUUAAAACUGAAUGUAAAACACAUUUAAUACAUAUUUUCAUAAAUGAUGACAUGGAAACAAAAACUCCGGAAAACAAGCUAUCAUUUGUUUCAGUGUUAUGUAAUCAAUGCUCAGAUAUAUUACAACAUUUGGGCUGUUGAUCUGAUUUAGAUUUUUUUAAUAAUUUUUUAUUUAACAUAGGAUUAAAGGGAUACACAUUAAGAAACAACUGAUCCAAAAUAGUAAUCACGAUAGUAAAAAAUAGGAAUAGUAACAAUGAUUUAUUCAUAAUAACUAUUAUUCUGAUGAUUCUUGUAUCAUUUUUGUUUCAAUUAAUUAAUAAAUGAAUGAUAAAAUAUAUU